CGAUCACGACACAACAAACGAAUGCCAGAUGUCGUACGGAUUCGCCAAUAAGCAAGGAGCGGCAGGAGGAGGGGCAGAGAUAGCAGAAACGCCAAUCUUAUGCGAAACAUGUUUAGGGCCUAAUCCAUAUGUCCGUAUGACAAAACAAUCGUUUGGAAAAGAAUGUAAAAUAUGCGAUAGGCCAUUCACAGUUUUUCGUUGGAAUCCAGGAGCUGGAAUGCGAAUGAAAAAGACAGAAAUUUGCACAACUUGUUCAAAGAUCAAGAACGUUUGUCAAACAUGUGUUUUGGAUUUACAAUAUGGCUUACCCGUUCAAGUACGGGAUACAGCAUUGGGCAUCACAAAAUCCGGACCUUCUACGGAUAUCAACAAGCAAUAUUACGUCAAUCAGAUGGAAAGCCAACUUGAUGGAAAUAAUUCUUUGAUCGAAUCAUCCGUCGGACCUUCAUCACGAGCUGGGCAGGAUAUUUUAAAGCAAUUGGCUAAAGACAAAACAAAUCCUAUCUCCGAUAAGUAUAGACGUAAUCGCCCACACCUCUGCAGCUUUUACGCCAAAGGAGAAUGCAAUCGAGGGGACAUGUGCCCAUUCCGACAUGAGCUACCUGUUAAGAAUGAUCUACAAAAGCAGAACAUCAAAGACAGAUACCAUGGAAAUAACGACCCAGUUGCCAGAAAAAUUAUGACGACAACAGCUUCUGCUGCCGGAUUAGCGCCACCGGAAGAUAAACAGAUCACUUCACUAUUUUUAUCCGCUUUGGAUCCAGCAACGGAUGAAGCACAGAUAAGGACAUUCUUUGUACAAAAUGUACCGGAUUUGCGACCUGACCAAAUACGAUCAAUCACAAUGGUCCCGACCAGCAAAUGCGCUUUUGUAAACUUUACAACUCGACAGAAAGCCGAGUCUGCCGCUCAACGAUGUGCAUUACGGAUGGACUUGGGUGGCCAAGAGAUCCGUGUCUCAUGGGGCCGUAGCAGACCGACAAAGAAGUCGCAACAAGAAACACCCUCCACCAGCUCCACAUCUUGAAUAGCAUCGCCUUAAUCCUGGAAUGCUCAAGUAGAUACCCCUGAUAUCACCACACAUAUGUAUUUCUAUACCAGCAAUAAGCAAACGAUAACAUUCACAACAGUACAGCAAAUGACGUGCAUUC